AUGCCCCGCGCAGUCCGAGGAGUCCUCAUCGAAUGCGAUCCAUCCGUCAAAGCCAUCAUCCUAAAAUACGACGAAGAAAGACAUGACUAUAUCGUGGAGGAUCUGGACGAUGAUCGUCACCUGGUGAUCAAGGAGAGUCAGCUGGCCAACUUGAAGGCGAGACUGGGCAAGGAUCUCGAUGACAAGGUUAUGCAGCCGGAAGAGUCUGAGUCGGAGUAG